AUGGCCACCCCCCAAUCUCCCACCUCUCCCAAGAGGAGUCGUGGGUUCAGUGUGAAAUCCAACAACUCAGAUAAAUCGGGAUCAACAAGCCACCGACGUGGACCAUCUGAAUCGUCGGAGGAGAAAGCUCGUCGCAAUCUCCACACCAAAGCAGAUCCUCUCGUCGCUAUGAACGAACUUCAGCCUAUGGCUGUUGCACUGGAACAAUCAAAUUUGGGCUCACUGCGUGAAAUUGAACACAAGGAUCAAUAUGGAAACGUCAUCACCGAUCCCGACCUGUCAAAUCCCACUCGACCCCGUUUGGAGCGCCCCUUGGAUACAAUUCGAUCGUUUGAAGCAGCUAUCUAUGGCACAUACAGUAAUAACCGUGCGUCGUACGCCAGGACAGAUGAUGCUGCAUCACAGAUGGGCGAUUUCAGCCGACGAACAAGCUACUAUGGAGGUCAAAACACCGCCCCUUCCCACAGAAACUACGAACAAAGCAGCCACUACGGCCAACCCCAAUCGCGACCAGAUAGCAUCGUGAAUGCGUAUCAGAACACACCUCUCUCACCCGAGAAUCCCAACCCCUACACCCAGAGUGGAUACAACCAAGGUGGAUAUAAUCAGAGUGGAUAUAGCCAAAACAGCAGAAGACGCCCAUCCCACCAUCCACGCGGAUCACCGUCAGCGCCCAUCACCCCCGUCGAGGGCUAUCCAAACAUGGCCAACCCAUAUGGCUACCAACGGUCGCGUGACAACGUGGCUGCCAUGCCGAACACUGGUUAUGGCACCAACCCCUAUGGCCAGUCCACAGACCCCAGCUCAAUGAACAGCUCCAACGACCAAUUGCAGCAGCAGGCUUUGCAGCAACAGCGUCUUGAUGAACGUUCUCAAGCUGGGUAUGAUAUCAAUAGUUUCAGCUCACCCAGGGCUCCCCAACCUCUUGGUGACCCAAGUUGGGGUGGACCUGUUGGAGGUACUCCGACUUCCACAGGGGCUGGGCCUGCACAACCGCCUGCACGCAAGAAUGUGAACCAACCUCCGGCUAGCAAAGAGAAACCAGAUAAGAGGAAGAGCUGGUUCAAACGCCGGUUCAGCAAAGAUUAA